AUGGCUUUGCUCUUUCGCUUUCUGCAGGCCUUCGCCCUUCUAAUACUCGCCAGCUCGGUUGCUGCCGAGCACACAUCCAAUUGGGCGGUGCUAGUUUCCACCUCGCGCUUCUGGUUCAAUUACCGUCACCUCGCCAAUGUCCUUUCGUUAUACCGAACCGUCAAGCGCCUCGGCAUUCCGGAUUCACAAAUUAUCCUCAUGCUUCCUGAUGACAUGGCUUGCAACCCUCGAAAUGCCUUCCCGGGAACCGUCUACAGUAAUGCGGACCGCGCAGUCGAUCUCUACGGAGAUAACAUCGAGGUGGACUAUAGGGGUUACGAAGUGACCGUAGAGAACUUCAUUCGACUCUUGACCGAUCGCCUGGAUGAAGAUGUCCCACGUAGCAAGCGCUUGGGAUCUGAUGCCGGUAGCAAUGUCCUGGUUUACAUGACCGGACACGGCGGCGACCAAUUUCUUAAAUUCCAAGACGCCGAAGAGAUCGGCGCGUGGGACCUGGCAGACGCGUUUGGACAAAUGUGGGAAAAGAAGCGCUACCACGAAUUACUUUUCAUGAUCGAUACUUGCCAGGCUAACACGAUGUACACGCAUUUCUAUUCACCCAACAUCGUCGCCACAGGCUCCAGCGAGCUUGACCAAUCUUCCUACUCCCAUCAUGCGGACAACGAUGUCGGUGUUGCUGUCAUUGAUCGCUGGACAUACUACGUCCUCGAAUUCCUUGAGACGCAAGUUACAAGCGCCAACUCCAAACUCAACUUGGGAGAUCUAUUCGAUUCAUAUGACGAGUCGAAGAUUCACUCUCAGCCAGGUGUCCGGUGGGACCUGUUCCCUGGCGGCGAACAAGAAGGUCGUCUUCGAACCGUGGUUGACUUCUUCGGCAAUGUUCAGAAUGUCGAAGUUGAGAACGCGAACGCAACCGAGCCCGGCUCUCUUAAGGAGGACCUGGCGGAGAUUAUGCGACUGGUUGAGAAGUGGCAGAAGCGCGACGAGGAAUAUUCCGCCAUCAUUGGUGAUUCCGCCCAGAACGCCACCGAGAAGGUGCCUUCAUCCUCCAAUGUGAACUUGGCCCCGAAGAAGACUGUUGGGUCGACCAAAAUGGCUGAAGACAGCAACUGGGCUAAGCAGCUAGUUGGUCUCUCUGUCGUUGGUGCAUGCACCGCAAUCUGGGUAGCGGGUUCCAUUCUGGGUCGUUCAGCUGUUUAA